AUUUCUGAUGUUAAAACUGAUGAAGAAAAUGCUUCCCCUGAUUUUUUUCCUGCUGUGCUUGUGGUGUCUAGUUGGCGUGUCUGGUGUUGAUGAAGUGAAGUCAGUGUCAGUGAUGGAGGGAGAUUCAGUCACUCUAUACAUACAGAGAGACGAUGAGAUCGAGUGGCGGUUUGGACCAACCAAAAGUAUCUUAGCUGAAGUCAAAGAGAACAAUGACUUCAAAUUUUAUAAAGAUAGUGCUGGUGGGAGAUUCAGAGACAGACUGAACCUGGAUCGGACUGGAUCUCUGAGCAUCAUAAACACCAGCACCACAGACUCUGGAGAAUAUAUAGUAACCAGAACUAAAACAAGUGCUGUACUAUACACAUUCAGACUUGGUGUCUAUGCUCCUGUUCCUGUUCCUGUUUUUAUGAGACACUCUCCACAGUAUUCAUCAUCAUCAGAAAGGUCAUCAAAAUGUCUGUUGCUGUGUUCAGUGUUCAAUGUGAGUCAUGUGACUCUCUCCUGGUACAAAGGAAACAGUUUAUUGUCCAGCAUCAGUGUGUCUGAUCUCAGCAUCAGUCUCUCUCUUCCUCUGGAGGUGGAAUAUCAAGAUAAAAACAGCUACAGCUGUGUGAUCAACAAUCCUAUCAGCAACCAGACCACACAUCUGGACAUCAGUCAAAUCUGUUCAGACUGUUGCUGUUGUUGCUCUACUGAAACUAUAAUCCGAUUGGUCCCCGCUGUUGUGGUGGUCGUGGUCGUGGUGGUGUUUCUGGCCUUUCUGGUUUAUGGAUUCAGAACCAGAAAUCUUCAACGGAAGAAGAGUGUGCAGACACGAACAACAGACACCAAUCCAUUAGAUGUCCUUGAAUGACUGGACCCAUUAUCUGACAAGAAAUCCUUUAAGAGAAUAUAAUUUCAGGACAAAUGUAAAGCCCCUUUCACACUGCAAUUUCGGAAAAUACACGGGUAAUGUGUCCCGUCAAAUGUUCCCAGGUCGCUAGGUUUUGCACACUGCCAGUGAUUAACCAUAAUAUGUGCGUGCGUUCACAAACAACCCGUAAUGGUCCCGGGACAUGUUUGCGUUCACACAGAAGGCGACCCGGCAAUGUUCCGGCAAUUUUCCAGGACCAAUGUGCAGUGUGAAAAGGGCUUAAGUUUGGAAGGAAAAGACUUCCGAUUCAUUAGCCUAUCAUAGAUUAUCAUAGAUCAUACCAGUCUGUUUAUGAAUACAAUUUAAAAAAAGGAUAGAACAAUACAAGUCUGUAAUAACAAGCAGCAUAACAGAGUGUUUAUGUUCAGCUAAUAUAAGUAGGCUAAGCGAUUUACACUUGCAGCCUCGCACUUCACACAUUCACAUUUAUACAAAGAAUCCGGCCUUAUGUUACUUUUUUCACCUUUGCAAAUAAUAGUGCCUUGCUUACCCAUUGCAGUCUCUAUUAGAUUAAAAUGCUAAAUGAAUAUUCAGAAUUCAGAUCAAACUCCACAGACUGACAAAAACCAUCGACGUCAGCUGCAUCAGUCACUGAAAAGAUUUCAACAAUAGAUGACUUCAGUACAACAAUCUGAAGAGUGUUACACUACACAAAUAAGGAAUUUAUUUCUGUGCAAAUAGAGAAGCAAGUGAUCAAUGUAGAGAAAAUAGAAAUUAUAUAUAAACAGACAUAAUUCUGAUUGAAUGAAUGCGAUUCUCUUCUGCAAAAUUACAAUUUUAAAUAUAACUAUGAUUUGUAGCAUUUAGAAUGGUUGUUUACUGUGAAUGUUAAAGAUUUAUUUAGACUAAAGGUAAAGAGUUGUCUAUCAGGGGUUUAUGACCCAUCUACAUCUCACCUUUCAGUCGAGGCUGCAUGUCAGAAUCUUUUCUGAACUGCAGAUUCAGUCAUUUUAAUUUAGCUUUCAUAAAGACCCUGCCGAAUAUGGAAAAACAGCCUUGUCAAAGGCCUUAAAACUGUAUAAAUAUGUGUAUCAACAACUCACUAUUUCCAUGAUCAAUAAAACAUAUAUAUAUUAUCGAAAAUGAA